AUGUGGUAUCUCUACGCAAUUUAUUUCUGUAUCAACAGUCAGGUACCGAUCUGCGGGGCGGCUCUUCGCACCACCCACCGGAAGCACGGCAUCGGCAAAGCCCUAAUAGAAUACGUCCUCAACAAGGCGAAGUCCCUGAUCAUCGCUGUCACACCCUCCUACCAGCUGUUGGUAUACCUGUUCUUCAAGAGAUGGGGCAUUGAGGAUACGAGGCAUUGGGACUUUGACCUUCCGAAAUAG